CUAAGUUAGCUCUCACGUACUGCCUCCUACUGGCAAGGAAAGUCGCAUGAGCUUGCGCCAUCUUCUACUGAAUUCAGACCUGCAUGUCGGGCUUCUAUAGCAUUGUGGGUAGAGAGCUUCCCACGUGUCUAUGAAACAUCAACAUGGCAGCUGCCUGAGAGAAUUCACCCACCGCAGAGAAAACAGAGACCGGAGAAGACAACCGGGAAAACACGCAUUAAGUUGGAGGAAACGUCGCUUUUCGUUUAUUGCUGUUGCAUUUUAUUAGGUGCAGAGUCUAAUCAAGAAGGUUCAGCUGUGCCAGGACCCCUUCGCCAUUCUGCGAUUCCAGUAUGUCCAGCGAGGAUGACGACCCAAUCAUACAAGAGAUUGACGUAUACCUGGCCAAAAGCCUUGCAGACAAGCUGUAUUUAUUCCAGUACCCGGUACGCCCAGCUGCUAUGACCUAUGAUGUCGCUCAUUUAUCUGCAAAAAUCAAACCCAAACAGCAGAAGGUUGAAGUGGAACUGGCCAUAGACUCCAUGAGCCCAAACUAUUGCCGCAGCAAAGGAGAGCAGAUAGCCCUCAACGUCGACGGAACCACCACAGAGGAGAGCAACACGUAUUCCACAAAGCUUAUGGACAAGCAGACCUUCUCCUCCAUCCAGGCCACUACAAACACAUCUCGCUAUGCUGCUGCUGUCUUCAGGAAAGGUGAACUCCACUUGACACCACUACAUGGUAUUCUCCAGCUGAGACCUAGUUUCUCCUACCUGGACAAGGCUGAUUCUAAACACCGAGAGCGGGAGGCUGCCAAUGAAGGUGGGGACUCCUCUCAAGACGAGGCAGAGGAGGACGUUAAGCAGAUCACAGUUCGUUUCUCUCGGCCGGAGUCGGAGCAGGCAAGACAGCGCCGAGUCCAGUCCUACGAGUUUCUACAGAAGAAACAUGCGGAAGAGCCCUGGGUUCACCUGCACUACUACGGACUUAAGGACAGCCGUUCGGAACACGAGCGCCAGUAUCUGUUCUGCCAGUUCACAGGCAUGGCUGAGAACACUGAGCUCGUCAAGUCACCCAGUGAGUACCUGGCCAUGUUGAUGCCUCCACCUGUAGAAGAGGAAUUUGCAAAGCCAGUGUGUCCCAGCAAUGUGCUUUCCAUGGCACAGCUCAGGAGCUUGCCACUCGGGGACCAAGUGAGGACUCUCAUGAAGAACGUGAAAGUGAUGCCGUUCGCUAACCUGAUGGGUUUCCUGGGUCAUGGGACAGACUCCACUGCAGUGUUGCGCUGCAUACAGCAGGUGGCGAUGUUGGUCCAGGGAAAUUGGGUGAUUAAGAGCGAUGUCCUGUACCCUAAAGACAGCUGCAGUCCUCACAGUGGCGUGCCGGCCGAGGUGCUGUGCCGGGGGAGGGACUAUGUGAUGUGGAAGUUCACGCAGGAACGAUGGGUGGAGAGGAAGGCUGUGGCUGCCGUUGUUAAGCUGCCCCCCGAGGACGUGAAGGACUUCAUGGAGCAGAUGUCUGUGACCCGCAUUAACCGCGGCUGGGAGUUCCUGCUGCCCCACGACGGCGAGUUUAUCAAGAAGCACCCCGACGUGGCCCAGCGGCAGCACAUGCUCUGGAUGGGGAUCCAGGCCAAGUUAGAGAAAGUUUUCAAGCUGUCCAAGGAAGACAUGAUGCCAAAGAAACAGAAUCCUCAACCAGGCUCAGUGGUGGUGAGCGGAGAGCAGCUUGUUACCAAGGCGAGGGAGAAUGUGCGUGAAAACUACAGCGUGCUGGAGAGGGAGCUGCAGCAGAGGCACAGGGCACAGAGCCAGGACUUGGGGGCGGUGCGGGUCAAACAGGAGCCUCUGAGUGACGGGGAGGAGCCCAUGGACACGUCCUCCUCCGCGGGGCACAACAAUGCGGCUGUCAAUGGCCUGUACUCGGAUGACAGCUCGCGGGACUCUGUGAACGGGCCCUGCCUCCCGCGUGCCCACGCCGCCCCCACCCAGGAGCUAAGGGACUUCGUGAGCAGCAUCUUCAGGAAGCAUUUUGUCCUGACACUCAGCGAACUCAAGAGGCUCUUCAACCUGCACCUGGCCAGUCUGCCCCCCGGGCACAGCCUCUUCAGCGGCAUCUCAGACCGGCUGCUGCAGGAGACUGUCCUCGACUCCAAGUGCAAACAGAUCCUGGUGCCUUUCCCACCCCAGAGCUCUGCAGAAGCAGAUGAACAGAAGGUGUUUGCCCUUUGGGAAAUGGGAGACUCAUUUGACCAGCACCGACAGUUACUGCUGGAGAUCUUCAUGAAGAACUACCGUGUGCGCCGGAACCUCAUCCAGGGGAAACUCACCCAGGAGUUCGGGGACAAUGUCACAAAAACGGAUUUAGACAGGUUGCUCAAGGAGUGCUGUGUGAGCUACGGUGGAAUGUGGUAUCUCAAAGGCACAGUCCAGUCAUGACACUAGACUGGAGAGCAGGGUCAGUCUAGCAUUCACCUCCUCCACAGCACAGUGGGGUGGUCCGAUAGGACUUGGACCAAUCGCUGCCCUCAGGCCAGAGGAGCAGGGCAGGGGUUGGGGGGGAUAAGAGUGCCAGUCAUUAAUCUGUUCAAACCAUUUCCAUUGUUUAAUUUAUUGAGGUCACAUGGAGCCAGGAGGGAAAACAAAAUCAGGCUUCCAGCGCGGGGUUGAUCCUAAAGAAACCACAGCAAAGGAUGAAGAUAAACAUAAUAUAUAUGAAUAAUUGUACACUGAUGAGCUUUUGCUGUCAGAGUGGCUUGAUUUUGGGGUACUCCUUAAUAUAUUUUGUUUUUAAAGAAGAAACCGUUUCUUAGACAUAAAGGGAGAAAAACAAGUAUGAAAUUGUUGAACCUUGCAGAAGAACAAAUGAAUCCAGAAGUUUAAAAAUAAUCUAAAUAGAUCACAGAAUAACCAGGAUGCUAUCUCACAAUCUAGCAUUUUACGUCUGUUUUUUACCUAAACAGAAAAGUUUAUAUAACGAUUAUAAUUAAAGGGAUUUUGGCUGUACAAUAUGGUAACAACAACAAAAAAAUUGAAAUGCUUUGUAACAGGAGGAAACGUUUAAUUGAGUAGGGGUGGUGUUGUACAGUGCUUAUUAAAAAUGCUGCCAGCAUUUGUACUGUAACAAUUUUGACCCUAAAGGAUGUAUCUUUUGGGGGCUGUUGUAGCCAAUAUGGUAAAAACAAUACAAGUGAAAAUUUAUUUUGUUGUCUAAA